AUGUGCGCUAGCUUUCCCGACCAGCCUCAGGUGUACAGACACCUCGGGGAACCCUCUGCCGAACUUUUCGAGUUGAGCUCACAGGCAGAUGGCUCUCCUGCUGAGGGUUCCUACUGCAUUCACUUAUGGAAUCGACAAGUUGAUUUGUUGGACUCCUUCAUACUGAGUGUGGAGAGAGAGGCAGCAGCAGCAGCCGCAGCAGCAGCAGCAGCAGCAGGCCAAGGUGCCCUAUCGGGCGGCCCGGCGCACCUGGAGCUGCGGCCUGUGCUUCUGGGGCCAGGGGCGCAGGCGCAGCAGCAGCUGCUACCGCAGGAAUCGCAGCCACAGCAGCCGCAGCCGCAGCAGCAGCAGCAGCAGCAGCAGCGGCCACCGCGCCGGCGCACAGGGGCCCCGUUCAAGAGCCGCUGCAGACAAUGCAGAAGCAGGCCAAAGUCCAGCAAACCCAAAAGCCCAGCCCCCAGCCCCGCAGCUUCUUCGUGUUCCUCUCAGGCGGAAACUCACAUUCCCUCGCCUUCGAGUUCCCCGGACUCUUUCCUGGGUUGA